AUGGCUUGUUCCUUCCUAUUCCUAGCCUUCCUGAUGACGGCAACGGCGGCGUGUCUGUCAGCCGCGGCCGCCACGGGCAAGCUUGUUCCCCCGUCGGAGACGCCGUCCCUCUCCUUCGAGGAGGGCUACACGCAGCUGUUCGGCGACUCCAACCUCGCGCUCCACGGCGGCGGUAAGCGGGUGCACAUCUCCCUCGACGAGCGGACAGGCGCCGGGUUCGCGUCGCAGGCGGCGUACCUCCACGGGCUCUUCAGCGCCCGCAUCAAGCUGCCCGCCGACCACACCGCCGGCGUCGUCGUCGCCUUCUACAUGUCCAACGGGGACGUGUACGAGCGGACGCACGACGAGCUGGACUUCGAGUUCCUCGGGAACGUGCGGGGCAGGGAGUGGCGGGUGCAGACCAACGUGUACGGCAACGGCAGCACGGCGGUCGGACGGGAGGAGCGCUACGGCCUCUGGUUCGACCCCACGGAGGACUUCCACCGCUACGCCAUCCACUGGAGCCGCCACAGGAUCAUAUUCUACGUCGACGACACACCGAUCAGGGAGGUGGUGCGGACGGAGGCCAUGGGCGCACAGUACCCGUCCAAGCCCAUGUCGCUGUACGCCACCAUCUGGGACGGCUCCAGCUGGGCCACCUCGGGGGGCCGCUACAAGGUGGACUACAAGUACGCGCCCUACGUCGCCGAGUUCGCUGACCUCGAGCUCCGCGGCUGCGCUGUCGGCCCCGCUACGCCGUGCGCGACGCCUGGCACUGGCAGUGCCAGCGACGGUGAUGCCUACGGCCACGCUGCCACGAUGUCGCCCGCGCGGCGUUCGGCGAUGGAGGCGUUCCGAGCGCGGUACAUGACGUACGGCUACUGUUACGACCGCCUUCGGUACCCCGCGCCGCUGCCGGAGUGCAGCAUCGGCGCGGAGGCCGCGGCGUUCCUCCCGUCCGGGGACGCGCGGGCGGCAUUGCAUAGGCACGCUAGGCGCAGCCGGAUGCGCCGCGGCGCGGACUCUGCCGUCUGA